UUUCUCUCUUUUUUUUUCUUUUUCUUUUUUUUUCCCUUCUGGCGCUCUCUUCCUUCCUUUGUCCUCUCCACUACCAUCUCUGACACACACACUGCUACUGCUGCUGCUGCUCUAUAUGGCGUAAACACUUGGUGCCUGAUAGUGCAAGCAAAGCAAUCACCCCACACUUUUUAUUUCUUUUCCUUUUCUAAUUAAAUUUUCUUCACUAAAACUCACUGUUAUAAUUUUCCUCUUUUUUCUUAUCUUUAAAAAAAUCCGCUUUAUCUCUUCUUCUAGUCUCUCCUUUUUGGCCUUCACUACUAUCUAUAAGCUCUUGUUUAGUGAUUUGCUUCACUUGCAAAACCCACCUCCAAAACGUCUCUCUCUCUCUCUUUCCAAAAUUUUGCAUUGUCUCCCCUCUUCUUGUACCCAAAACCUUAUAUCUCUCUUAAGUUUUGUAUUUUAUGCUGUGGAUGGUGUCUAAGCUCAUGGUUUCCAAAGAGAAGUCGGUCGAUUUAGUAAGUAAAUUUUCUUCAAACUUGUGUUUUUGUUUCCCUCUCUUCUUGCUCUCUCUUCAUUAGUGUUCAUAUCUAAUCCAUCAUUCUCUUUCAUACAAGUCUUAUAGAGUGGUGACUCUCUCUCUCACUCACUCACCCACUUUCAAAGAAUUAAUUCAAAUGUGUGAGGAAUGAAAUUGAAUAUGUGGUGUUUUUGCUAACCUCUUCUGUUUGAUUUGCAUGGCCUUAUGAUCGAAAGGGAUUAAUAAGCCUUGUGAUGAUUAUAAAGAGUUUCAUGCUCUAUCUUCCUCGAUUUCUUGAAGUGGGUCAUCCUACUUUUCCCCUUACAAAGAGAAUUUAAGAGGAAUUAAUUCAUGGGGUUUUGUUUGAAUUUCUAGGUGUGUUUUGUGCUUCUAAAAGAGUGGAUAAUUUUUGAUAAAAUUAAAAAUAAAAGACUUUCUAGGAUUUUUUAAAGAAAGCAACCACUUUCAAUUUCAAUCAUUCAAGGCCCAUCUUGUUCCUAUAAGCUAAUUCAAUCCUUCUCUCCAUCUUUUGGUCUCCAAACAAUCAAACCCAGAAAAAACCCCACCUAAGAAUAAUCAUCAUUAGAAACCCUACCCUAAAAAGAGGUCAUGGAACUUUCUCGUCAAGAAGGAGGAGACAUCCCAAUUCCAAUAAACACAGCAUUUGGUGUUGGCCACAUGAUUCACCACCAUGAUCAUCAUCAUCUUCCUAAUUCCUCCAAUGACGCCUCCUCCAUACCCACAAGCCUAAACCAUCAUCAACAUGACCAUGCCAACAACAACAAGAGAGUUGUGAGGUACAGAGAGUGCCUGAAGAAUCAUGCAGCAACAAUGGGAGGAAAUGCCACAGAUGGGUGUGGAGAGUUCAUGCCAAGUGGAGAAGAAGGCAGCAUUGAAGCACUCACUUGCUCAGUUUGCAAUUGCCAUAGAAACUUCCACAGAAAAGAAGUAGAAGGUGAGCCCUCCUCCUCCUCUUGGAUUGGAAGGAAGCUACUUCUUGGACAUUCCCAACAUCACCACCAUAAGAACCUUUUGGGGCGUGAAACUCUUCCACCCGGGUACCAAACUCAUGUUAUAUCCUCAAGAGAAGCACCAACAUCACACCAAAUGAUGAUGUCCUACAACAAUAAUAUUGUUGGGUCAAUGUUGCCUUCAGAAUCUGAUGAGCAGGAAGAUAUUCAUCUUCAUCGUCAUCAGCUUGUGAAGAAGAGGUUCAGGACAAAGUUCACACAAGAACAGAAGGAGAAAAUGUUGAGUUUUGCUGAGAAAGUUGGGUGGAAAAUACAGAAGCAAGAAGAGAGUGUUGUGCAACAACUCUGCCAAGAAAUUGGAGUCAAGAGACGAGUUCUCAAGGUUUGGAUGCACAACAACAAGCACAAUCUUUCCAAGAAGAUCAACAACAACACCACCACCAACAACAACAUUAUUGUUGUUACUGCUACUGCUACUGCUACUUCUUCUGCAUAGUUAAAAUGAAGACCACUUAAAAUUCUCUCUUUAUUAGUACUCUCCCUUUAUCUUUUUAAUUAUUUUACAAUUAAUAUUGUUAGGUUAAGUAUUUACUUUCUCUACACCUAUCAUUAUUAUUAUAGUUUUGUUUUUUUGGCACUAUCUUAGUAUUUGAAAUUAUUAUGGGCUUGUGUAAUGUAGUUUAGGGAAAUUAGGUUUGGCAAUAUUUGAGUCUUUGGGUACCCACUUUU